UUAAAACUUUGUGUACUUGUAAGGUGUUGUGCUGCCAGUAGGUAGAGUCCUCCUGGGUGAACCCUUUAUGGAGCCUCUGAGUGGGAGAAUGACACGAGUGGGAGGUGCAAGCAUCCGAGCCGGGCAGCUGGUAGCUCAUGCAGGAGGAUACCAGACUCUUUUAGACAGCAAGGUUCUGGCGGUUAUGUUCAAAACAGUAGAGCUCCUGAGGCUCCUGUGUGAAGAGUGGGAGUCAGAACCAGCUUUGCAGCUUCAUCAUGGAGCCGAGCGAGGGUGUCACUGGCAAGAUCGUAUUGAUCGUAUGGCAGAGGAGCUCCAUCUGAACUGGAGGAGGAGUCAGCAUUGUCAGCUGCAGCUUCAGACCAGGUUGGAGAUCCUGCUGGACACUACUGAGGGCCUGCAGCAGGAUGGAGGCGCUCUGGGAGACAUGACUCUGCCAGGUUCAAACACAUCAGUCCCUGCCUUGCUGGGUAUGGACUACCCUGAUCCAAUGGGAACAGGUCUCAGCGUACCCGUGUUGGGGUGCCAGUCCGAUCUCAUCACGGGAUGCACGACAGGGCUGGCAGGGACCAUGGAGGACCCUGAUGGCAAUGGUCUGGUGGCAAUCCGUUAUGGCUCUCAAGCAGUUGAUCCUGUAACUGCUGUGUUGGCUCCUGUGGUUGGAGCCAGGCGGGAUGUGCUCACAGACACCGUCGUACCCAUCACAGCCUCCUAUUGGUUGACUGUGGCGGAUCAAAACGACAGCUUGCAGGUGGAGGCUCUGGAGAGAGAAGUGUGUGCGCGGAACACUUAUUGGCAGCAGCAGAGGCGACGGGAGGAGGACAUCCUUGCUGAUGUGGACUCAGCCGUGUUCCGGUGUUUUCUGAGACUGAUGGACGUUGGCAGCCAUCAUGAGGUUAAUGAGGUCCUGUGGUCAGGCAGGCCGCUAAGGGAAGCAGCUGUGGAAAUGCACGACUUAGCCCAGGCUGAAGCCCAAAGAAGAGUAGCCCAACGUGCCACCUUGUCUCUGAUCCUUCCUCCACAUGUUUUGAAUGUCCUCAGCCUGGUGGAUGAAGAGGAGUGGGAUCAGCAUUGUGUUUGGUACACUGAGUUGAUGUCAGGCCUUGACAUGAUGGACUUACGCAUGGAGCAGCUGCAACAAGAUCAGGACAAAUGGAACACACAAAGAGGAGAAGAACAGACAGCGAGUGCCCGCCUCACGGAGAGAGAGUCGACGCUGGGAGAAAUGUGGGAGCAAUGUUCUUCCAGAUUAUCCGAUUUAGAUGUUGCUCUCAUUAAGCUGCAAUUUGUUCGCCACCUUUCCAAGCUGCGUGCUGACACGGCUCAGGAUGUCCUGCGUGGAAAAUUCUGGUACAAAGAAUACGGUCUGAUUCGCUUGUGUCGACCCAGACCGACCGGGAACGUCAUGAGUUUGCUCCAAAGGAAGAUUUUACCUCUGCUGGACAGAAUGAACCAGCAAUUUGCGGUUGAUAAACAGCAAGUCAACUCUAACCCUAACCUCAGUCGCCAAAACGCUUUUGGCACUAACCAGCAGCCAGAUGGAGCAUGUGUUCCACCAAGUGACAUCACUGUCCCAACAAUUCCAGAGGAGGAGUGGACAAAGUUGCUGCAACUUUCACCUCUAUUUCAGCUUUUGAAAGGAGUGGAGCAAGGGUUAAAAGACAAAAGCGGCGAGGGAUUUUUGGAUGAACUGGAAUGUCAGUGGGAAUGUGAGGGAGAGUUAAUCCCGUUGGAGCCAUCCAGCCUCAACCCCAAAGAAUUUCUCGUGUACCAACAUGGACUGUUUCUCAUGCACACCUUGCAUGCACGAAAACUUACUCCAACUGUUUCUCUCCAAAUAGCUGCAAGGCUUCCUAGUAACAACUACCGUAAUAACACCUUCAGGAAUUCCUUCUUUUAUCGGGAAGCAGAUGAGACACUCUUUGUCCGCCGCCAGAGACUUCAUUCAGUUGGGGGCUUUUCCUUGUUGUUGCUGCACUGUUUGUCCCAUGUGGCAAUUAAAGACAUGAGUAACGAUUCCGCCCCUGCCUUCAAGAGACUUUUCCGGAAGGUACUCCAGGAAUCUCUCGGGCAACUAUUUCAGGCCAAAGUGGGCUUAGAUGUCUCCGCACAAGAAGCCCAUUGGUCAUUUUGUGAUAGUGAAUCUCCCCAGGGACGUUCAAAGUCUGUCAUUCUUCACAGCUGUGGGGAACAGUCUGCUUCUCUAGAACAGCCAAGCAGUGCCGUCGAGGAAUUUGGAAGGAAACACGGAGAAACGUCUUUGGUGUCAAAACUCGAAGGGGUUUUAAGACAAAGAACCUCAGCGAAAGAGGAAGGCCCAAAGUGUCCUUUGAGACGGGGAAGCACGCUGUCAUGUGAAUUCUCUCAAUCGAUCAUCAAAGAAAAGUGAUGAGAAGGAAAAAUAUGAUGGAAGUUGUGAGGUCACCACCUCGCUUGGAGAUUUAAAUAAGCGCACAAGUUGCUCAGGAAGAUUGUGCGGUAUUUGAAGCCUAACUGUGACGAAAAAGUCAAGAAGUGCAAGGGGGCUAAUACUUUUGCAAAGUAGUACAAACACAAUUUCUCAUGACACUGGGUAGAAACGGCUAGUUGGACAUUUGUGUGUAAGGUGAUAUUGGUGUUUUCUCUUAAUCUAUUUAUUGAUAAAGUGUCUUUAGGUUAUUUAUCACAAAAGUUUUUUUUUCUGCAAAAGUAUUUUAUUUUUCUGCGAUUUCUCAUGAAACAAAAGACAACUAAAGCAUAACUAAAAAUCACUUUUAUUCCUGCUCAGUUGAAAUAUUGUGACAUCAUAUUUUUUAUGUGACCUGUUUGUAUGAAAACAUUCAGUAAAUAUUCAGUUAUAAUCUUUGUUUGGUAAUAAGAUUGUUUAUAAAACCUG